AUGCUCUAUCGAUAACUAUAUUAGCAAAUACGCAAAUCAUCUUUGAAUAGCUCAGAUUUUUAUCGUAAGAAGGUGGCUUCGCUGCAUCACUUUGAAGCGAAAAAAAAUGAAACUAUCCAACUCUCCUCCAUUAAUAUGCCUCUUUUUAAAUUAGAUGCUUAUCAAUUUAACAGGAAUAUUCCAACUUUAAAAGCUAUGAAAAAAUUAGAAAAGGAACAUGGAUAGGAUUUCAAUAUCCUUUUUUCUGCUUGGAGUACAUCCCAUAAAAAGAUUUAAAUUUGGAAAUUAACAUAUAGCUUGAGAGAGGUAGUUAAGGAGUGUAUUAGUCUAUUUGGGAAGCAAGACAUAUUCUAUUAGAUUCACUACAAUUACUUUCCUGCUUUCUAUUCCAAUCAAGAUAUUUUAGUAGAAUAGCUUAUAUAAGCUUUGUAACACAUGGGUUAUAUAGAUCAGUAUAAUUUAGGAAAAUUUGCCUUGAUAGAAGAAAAUAGGCUUAAAUAGACUCAAUAAUUCUAAAAUUAGAACUAAAACAAUUAAAAAACUUCUUUUCCUUUUGAUGGAACUGGAAAUUUAUGUGAUAUUCUUCAUAAUCAAAUGCCCUAAAAUAUUAAAUACUGGUUAAAUUUUUAUUCAUAAAACAACCCUAUGAUAAUAAAAGGAGGUUAUGAUGAUAGCUACCUUAAUUUUAGAAUAUCAUGUAGCUAUAUUUUAUAUAACAACUCUAACCGAGAAAAGAUAUAUAAGGAUUUUAAACGAAUAAGAGACUUAAACUUGAAAGUAUUUGACUUUUUAGAGUACUUUAAUCAAAUAACAAAUGAUGAGGCCAGGAAAGAGUUCUACUGUAAAAGAUUCUUUAAAUAAUUUGAGUAUGAAUGUGAAGACUCUUAAAAAUUAUUAAUUAAAUUAACAAAAUAAUAUUAAGUUGAAUAAAUUAUUCAAUGGAUAGAUUUACUGAUUUUAAUGUAUGAAGAGAGCUAUAAUGGCGCUCUUGGAUAGUUAACAAAGUAUCCUCAGCUCAAAAACUCUAAAUUUUUCUGA